AUGAAAUUCUCUAAAUUCCUCCCUUGCUCAGACAUUCUCUUAACUUCCCUGGUCCUGUUCCUUUCUCCACUCACCAAAUUUCACACACCCUCCACAACCCAACCCUUCUCCGGUGACCUCCACGACACAAACUUCUCCCGGAACAAGUUCUAUUUCAACCCCACAUCCGACAAGCUCAAUCUCUUCGUCUUCUCCACAACCUGGCCGAUCGGUGCCAAUCUAGGCGGAAUGGAGCGCUACAUCACCAAACUCCACCAUUCCCCCGUCGACAAGGGCCAUGAGAUCCAUGUAUUCACCAUACCCUCAAACCAUUGUCCCCACCCGGACAUCCAUAAUGCCAACCUUCACAUUUACUUCGGCGCCAACGACCACAGAUCCGUCAAUUGCUCCCGAACACAGGGGAAUCGGGAAGGAAGCGCAACACUGGCGAGAUGGAGAAUGAGGAGAGGUGAAUACAGACAACGAGGCAAGGGAGGGGAAUUGGCAGCGACGGAGAAAAGGGAGAGGAAUCAGUGA